CCUGUAGGUUCCUUCAGAGAAAUCAGAAUCCUUUGCAUCCAUGUUGAGACGCUCUCCUUUAAUUCAGAUGGGACCUGCCAAAGAUAAAAUUGUUGUUGGUCGAAUAUUCCAUGUUGUAGAAGAUGAUCUUUAUAUAGAUUUUGGUGGCAAGUUUCACUGUGUGUGCAAAAGACCAGAAGUAGAUGGAAAAAAAUACCAGAGAGGAACCCAAGUACGCCUGAGACUGCUGGAUCUUGAACUCACGUCUAGGUUCUUGGGUGCAACAACUGAUACAACUUUGCUAGAAGCUGAUGCAGUGCUUUUAGGGCUCGAGGAAAGCAAGCAAAAAAAGCAAAAGGAGUAAAUUUCAUGUAAAUAAAUGCACUUUGUGCUCUGAAGUGAAAUAUACAGAUGAAAUGUUUCCUCACGAAAUAAAGUUUUUCUCUGCUUGGUUAUGUAAAUAAUGAGAUCAAUAAAAGACAAUAAGCACAUUGUACCU